AAUCCAUUUUUUGUAUACACUCUCUAAUCCUUCAGUAACAUGUAAUUUCUACGGUCCUUCAUAUAAAUAUUGACUUCUAGAGAUCCUUCAAUAUAACUUGCUCGUUUUAUAAUCUCCGUCCAGUGAACGAUUCUGAACAAGUAAAAAACCGUCCUUCUCCAUUUUCUCCUCCCAAAUCGACAGCACAACAGGUGUUCAGAGAAGUCCGUUGCCUCCAUUAAUUCAAGAUGUCAGAAUUACCCUUCAGACCAAGAGAGAAGCUUAUUGAGAAGCAAAAAUAUUUCCAGGGUAUCCAUAAAUACACACACCUGAAAGCACCAAAUGAUAAGAUCACAUCUGUGGCAAUACCACUUGCCUUGGCAGCUUCUUCAAUCUUCCUGAUUGGAAGAGGGAUCUAUAAUAUGUCCCAUGGAAUAGGGAAGAAAGAAUGACGUGGCAGUUCUUUUGAGCGAGAUGAAACCUACUCGGAUCGGUUUUGUAUGUUUGUUUCCAUUAAUAAAUUUGCUCAGUAGUUGCAAAACUUUAUGGUCGCUGGUGGAAGUUGAAGUUGAGAGCUUUAAGGAAAUUUGUUAUUUCCUCCAAUUUGCUUUGAUGUAUGCAAUUUAUUUUAAAAAUUACUCAGUUUUGAAGGAAAUUCUAGGUGUCCAUGGUCACUUGCAAAACUGUGGUUAGACAUUAUCACAAAUUCAAAUCUCAGAUAGGACAAUUUCUCUUGGUUACCAUAUACCAGCAUACAGAUAGUCAACUGAGAUUUGUGAUCAAACUUGGUGGCAUAUAUAUUAUUGGCCACGGAUUCCAUUGCUGUUUU